CAAUUCGCUGUGCAUUUCCCUCUUCUUCGCUCUCUGCAAUCCCAUUUAAAAAAUUAUACACAAAAAAAAAAAUCCACAAAAACCCACCAAACAAUUGCAGAUGGAACAAAUUCAAGAUGAAGAAAUCACAGAAGAGCAAAGAAAACGGAUUGAGGCCAAUCGACAAGCUGCAUUAGCCAAACGUAAAGCCAUUACAGUUCAUAAUGAUCCGAAGAACAGCUCAAGCAACUCAAAACCAAACCAGUUUCAAAAUGAUUGGAGGCAUGUUAAGUGCAGGAAGCUCUCAUCCGAACCCGGAAUUGAUGAUUCAGAGAAACCCAUUUACCCUUUUGUUAAUACGGGUUCAAUUCCAAAACCCCAGUUGGCUCUUUCCCCGCCUCCGCCAACUGAGAAGUUCAGGGCCAGGUUCGAAAUUUGCUCCCCGGACUCGUUUUCCAUCACCCCGGAACCUGUUCCCGGGUUUGCCUACCCGGGGGAAGAAGCUUGCUUUGAAAAGAUCAGUCUUUGGUUAUCCGAUGUUUUGCCAUCCCACUUUACCCAAAACAUUGAAGGUGGAAAGGCGUCUGUGUUCAAACUUUGGCAGUAUGUCUCCAUCUUGAGGUCUUUGAAAAGCUGUGAAGGAAUUGAUUGCAAAGAGAUACCCUGGGGAACUUUUAAAGUAAUUGAAACUAUGGCUGAAUCUUAUGGUUCUGGCAAAUGGAAACCUUGCAGGCCGGAAUUUUUACCUGAUGAGAUGGUUGAUGAAUUGAUAAGCGACCUACCACAAAAGUUGAUUGAUGCCUUGCUACCUUUUCAACUUGAAGGCAUUCGUUUUGGCAUAAGAAGGGGCGGUCGAUGUCUCAUAGCAGAUGAGAUGGGGCUUGGAAAAACCAUCCAGGCUAUUGCAAUUGCAGGCUGUUUCAGGGAUGAAGGUUCUGUACUUAUUAUAUGCCCAGCUAUACUGAGAUAUUCAUGGGCUGAAGAGUUGGAGCGGUGGUUUCCCUUCUGUGUCCCUUCUGAUAUCCACCUUGUUUUCAGCCGUAAAGAUAAUCCUGCGAAUUUAGCGAAAUAUCCAAAGAUUGUGGUGAUUUCAUACAGAAUGCUUCACCAUUUAGAAAAGAGCAUGUUGCAGCAAGAAUGGGCUACCUUGAUAGUCGAUGAAUCACAUCACUUACGCUGUACAAAGAAAUCAGAAUCAGAAGAGACCAAAGCUGUCUUGGAUGUAGCGGUGAAGGUCAAGCAUUUAAUUCUGCUGUCUGGGACUCCUUCAUUGUCGAGACCAUUUGAAAUUUUUCAUCAGAUAAAUAUGCUGUGGCCAGGCCUGCUAGGAAAGACCAAAUUUGACUUCGCGAAGACUUAUUGCUCUCCCAAGUCUUUUUCAGGAUGUCAGGGAAAAGUUUUCCAGGACUUCUCAAAGGGUAUUCGAUUGGAGGAGCUAAAUAUACUGCUUAAGCAAACUGUUAUGAUAAGACGUUUGAAGUACCAUGUCUUAGCUCAAUUACCACCUAUACGGCGUCAGAUAAUAAGAUUAGACUUAACGACAUCUGACUAUGCCUCUGCAAUGGCUGCCCUGGGAUUGGUUUUAACCAGGUCAGAGGUAGUUUCUGCUGUAUCGGCUCUGGGAGGGAUAGAUGGUGAUGCUCCUGCCAUUGAUAGUGAAGAUGAAACUUCGGAACUUCCUGUUGAAGGUCAAGGUAAGAGCAACGUUCUUUGGGAAAUUCCAAGGAAGGAAGAUCAGAUUUUGGGCAUGGCAAAAUUACGUGGUUUCUUUGAGUGGCUCUCAAUGCAUCCAAGUAUUACAAGCUUGGAUGUUGAGGAAGAUACAGAAGAAAGCCUUAGUUCGCAGAAAAUGAUAAUCUUUGCUCAUCAUCAUAUUGUUUGUGACCGGAUACAGGAGUUUCUUAUGGAGAAGGGGAUAGAUGUUAUUCGUAUCAAUUCACAUGUAUCUUCCACUGAUAGAAAUGAAGCUGUUCAAUCCUUUCAAUCCUCUGCAAAGGUUAAGAUUGCUAUAAUUGGAAUAAUGGCAGGGGGAGUUGGACUUAACUUGACAGCAGCCCAAAAUGUUGUUUUUCUGGAGUUGCCACGGGAGAUUGCUUAUUUGAAUCAGGCUGAAUCUCGAGUACAUAGGCUGGGACAAACGAAGGCAGUUAAUAUAUAUGUUUUCUGUGCAAAGGGCACUUCAGAUGAAUCCCGGUGGCAAAAGUUGAAUAGAAGUCUCUUUCAGGUUUCACAUAUUAUGAAUGGAAAACGAGAAGCAAUACCCAUGAUUAAGGUUGAAACUAUUUCGUGUCUUGAAGCAACUGGAGGAGCAGUUGCUAGAAAUCAAGAGCUAGUAGUUGAGCAACAAAUAGACCGUGAUGUUUCUGCAAACUAUCUUAAAGGUCAAGAGAGUUGCUCCAAUGACUCGAAUCCAUGCGUUCACGAAGAGCACCAUGACAUUUCCAAACUGGCUUCCCCACACUUUGAAUGCAGAGAAUCUUCUGUGGAAGCUAUUAGUGAAACUUCUGGAAGUAUCUCAUCAGAUAGUUUGGAGAAUUCAAUGGUAACUGCAGAAGAUGAAAUAGCAUUGCAUAACGUUGGACCCUCUGGGCAAAUUGAAGUUAUGGGAAACAGCUUUAUCCAAGUAGCCUUUCUGCGCUUUGAGGUAAGCCAAUACACUGGACGAAUCCACUUGUACUCGUGCAUACCAGGAAGAGAUUCAAGACCACAGCCACUUUUUCUUAAUUUUCGGCAACAAGAAGUUGAAGCUAACGAGCCUUCUGAGGAUGGGUCAGAAACAGCCAAUACCAGUGAAGAAGAUCAUAACUAUUAUCGAUCUGCUGUUCAGUUAUUUCUGAAGGAAUGGAAUCAAUUGAGGCCUAUUGAACGAAGAAAAUUAUUUCUGAAGCCUUUGCAACUGCCGUUGACGGUUGAGUUGUGCUAUUUGGCAGAAGCCAUCAACCAUGAUAAAAUGGGCCUGCUGAAAGGUGGAAGCAAGAGGCGUAGUACACCAUAUAAUGAGAUAAGCCAGCCCUUGCCACCAGAUGCAAGUUGGAGAAAGGUACUUCUUCGAGGCAGCCAGGGCAAAGAGGAAAAAACUUACAGGCAAGGAUGGUCUGCAAUGGAAGAACCACUCUGCAAGCUAUGCCAAAGUCCAUGCAUGAACGGCAAUUCGAAAACCCCUGAUUAUUUUGAGGAACUCUUCUGUAAUCUGGGAUGCUUUCAAGAAUAUAAGAUCAGAACAAGCGGGCCUGCUCUUCGUGAGGCUCUUUUUCAAGUUGAACGUGGCAUUUGCACAUUCUGUAAACUGGACUGCCAUGGACUUGUUGCAAAAUUAAGGCCUCUUUCAAUUGAAAACCGGCAAGAGUUUAUAAGAAAAGCAGCUCCUGAGUUAGCGAGACGCAAGAAGCUGUUUGACAAGCUUGUUAAAUACCCUAAAGAAGGUAAUGCUUGGCAUGCGGACCACAUAGUACCUGUACAUAGAGGAGGAGGUGAAUGCACGCUGGAGAACUUGAGGACCCUUUGCGUUUCAUGCCAUGCAGAUGUCACAUCUGCUCAAAACACGAAACGUGCCAAGGAUCAAGUUACAGAUGCACAAGCAAAGAAACGCCUUAAGGUGGCAAUGAAGAACCUCAAGAAUCCUCGAAAGCCUGGGGAAAUUGAUGUUAGACCUGAGGGGAAUGAAGAGAUGGAAGAUGAGCAAAAUUUGGUAGAGGAACUCAUAGUUGAGGUUCCUGGUAGUGCAUAUUCUGGACCACAACCUGAUGCUCCAACGGGCAGUGAAUAG